AUGAGUGUGGGGGUGGUCUCUUCCGUGUUAAAUCAGCUCUCUACCUUCAUUGUUGAAGAGGCAAAAUUGUUAAGAGAGCUUGGACUUGAGAUUCAGGGUAUUGUAAACGAACUUGAGCAUAUGAAAGCUUUCCUGAUGUUUGCAGAAGGCAUAGAGGAGGAAGAAGAUCCUAGGCUGCAGGUAUGGAUUUCACAAGUGCAGGACGCUGCUUAUGACAUUGAAGAUAUUGUCGAUGAAUUUAGGUUGCGUUGCAAUCACCAGGAUGGAGUUAAGUUUUGUGGACUUGCUCAAAAGAUUUUUGGGUCGAUGAAGAGUCUACGAGCGCGACACCAGAUUGCUCACGAGAUUGAAGGCAUGAAGUCUAGAAUCAAAAGUAUCUGUGAAGGUCACAAGAGAUACCAAACUUAUUAUGGUACUCCUAACCAGGCACCAUCAACUUAUCCUUCGGCCGUGAACAACUUAUGGCGCGACUGUCGAGACGAUGCCCUUCUUGUAGAAGAAGCAAAUCUGGUUGGUAUUGAUUCCCCAAAGCAACAGCUCAUUUCUGAACUCCUUGAUCAUGAUCCCCGCCUUAAAGUUGUUUCAAUUUUCGGAAUGGGAGGAUUGGGUAAAACUACGCUGGUUAAGAAAAUCCAACAAGACGUCGGAAGUGAAUUCGAGGUCAUUGUCUGGAUAUCAGUAUCCCAAACUUAUGAUAUGCUGGAAGUGCUUAAAGAAUUGAUUCACCAACUAUUUCAGGAGAUUCGGAAACCUGUUCCUCGUGAAGUGGCCUCUCUUAUGAGCACCGAUCAGCUGAAAUUGUUUGUCAAAGGCUUCCUGAAAGACAAGAGGUUUCUAAUUGUGUUCGAUGAUGUUUGGGACAUCAAAUUUUGGGAUGGUAUUAAAUGGGCAUUGCCCGAUAAGGUUAACCGAAACCGGGUGAUGCUCACUACCCGAAUUGAAGAUAUUGCUUACGCCUCAUCUGUUGAAUUUAGCACUUAUGUCCAUAAAAUGCAGUCGUUGUCUCAGGAGGACUCGUGGAUUCUUUUCUGCAAGAGAACCUUCAAAGACAGUUGUUGCCCAAUUCAUCUGAAGAAAGUUGCUCUACGAAUAAUGAAAAAAUGUGAGGGGCUACCACUCGCAAUUGUAACGAUUGGUGGUGUGUUGGCUUUGAAAGACAGAAGCAGAAUUGAUGAGUGGAAGAUGGUUCAGCAUAGCCUUGGUGGUGAAGUGGUGAUUAAGGGUAAGUUGGAUAAUAUUAAAAGUAUACUCUCCCUUAGUUACAAUGAGCUUCCAGACCAUCUGAAGACUUGUUUGUUGUAUGCAAGUAUUUUCCCAGAGGAUUACAAGAUAAGAGAAUCGAGGCUGAUUCGAUUUUGGAUUUCCGAAGGAUUUGUGAUGGAGAAGACAGGGAUGUCUACGUAUGACGUUGCUCGAGCUUAUCUUCAUGAACUUAUCAACAGAAGCUUGAUUCAGAUAGUUAGAGGGUCUUAUGAUGCAAGUGGGCGAAUGUAUCAUAUUCAUGACAUUCUGAGAGAAAUUAUUCUUUCAAAGGCGAGUAGACGCAACUUUGCAAUUAUGGCAACAGGAAAACAGAGGUGGCCAAAGAAAAUUAGGCGUCUAGCAAUCCAUGAUUUCAAGUUUGCCGCAGAAUCUAGAGGUCAUUUCAAGUAUCUGCGUUCGAUGGUAAUCUUCAAGUCUGUGGAACCGUUACCGACAUCAAUUUUAUCUAAGCUACUUCGUGGUAGCUCCAGGCUAUUGAAGGUAUUAGAUUUGGGAGGCACACAGUUGGAGGAAAUCCCAGAAGAAGUCUUCAAGUUAUACCAUCUGAAAACUUUAAACCUAAAAGGCACUAGAGUGAAAGACAUUCCAAAGGCUAUUGGCCACUUAAAGAAUCUGGAGUUCUUGGAUCUAUCGUACACAAAUGUGCGUGAGUUGCCUAAUGAAAUUCUGAAGAUAGAAGGACUCAUUCAUUUGAUUGUUUUUGAUAAGCCUUCUGAUUCUACGUUUGUCCUCAAUGGAUUUAAAGGUCCAAAAGGUAUUGUGAAGUUGUCUUGUCUAGAGUGGUUAUGCCACAUAGAAGCAAAUGAAAUAUUGAUAAGAGAGAUAGGAGAGCUUAAGCACUUGAAGGUAUUAGGGAUCAAGAGCCUGAGACAGCAAGAUGGAAAACAACUCUGCUCUUCUCUUGGGAAGCUCUCCAAUCUCGAGGAUUUAUGUCUCCGAGCAAUAAAGGAUGACGAGAUGCUUGAUUUGGAUGAUAUGAACCUUGUGGUGCAUUCAGGUCUCCUAAACCUUCAAGUGUUAUCUUUGUGGAGCCAACUACGAAAUGUUCCGAAAAUAAUAUCUUCGUUACAGGAAUUGACCUCAAUAGAGUUGGGUUGGAGCCGGUUAAUGGUCGAUCCGCUUGAAUAUCUUCAGUGCUUGCCAAAUUUGCGAUCGCUUUUCUUGUAUAAAGCUUUUGAUGGGAAGAGUUUGUGUUUCAAAGCUGGAUGCUUCCUGAAGCUCGAGAAUUUGAUCCUUUGGCGCUUAUACAAUUUGAGAGAAUUGAGGAUCAACAAAGAUGCAAUGCCGAAUCUUAGAGAGCUAUCUAUCAUAUCCCUCGAAUCACUAAAGGAAUUGCCUUGGGGAGUUAAAUACUUGACCAAGCUCCAACUUCUUUAUAUUGGUGGUAUUAUGGAUGAAGUGAUCGUCAAGCAGGUAAGGGGUCCUUGUGAAGAAAUUAGUCACAUCCCAAAAAUUCGGAUUCACACUGAAGUGGCAGAAUCAAAGGAGGCGCCCGUACGUAAGAAACCUCUCCUCAGCUACCACACCAGCAUUAGACAUCUACGGUACUUCGUGACGAACGAAGAAUCAAGGGAGCCGACCGACGACUAG